AUGUCGGCCCCCACUCUCACAGAAGCAAAGGAACGUGCAACAGCUAUCAGAAAACAACAAUCCGACCUACUAACAAGUCUCCCACUCUACGCACUAUACAUAGGCCUGUGGAUCCGAUCGGAUCCCCCACGCCCAAAUGAUUUCCACUGGGGCUUCUACCUACACACGAGUACAACAAGCGGCAUAAAAUACCACGUCUCCAGUCUGACCGGAGGAUGGAUACCCGAACACGGUCCCAACUCGGUCCUCAAGUCUAAUUUCUUCUGCGUGCUUAUUCAAAUCGCCUCCGUUCCAGACACAAGCCUUGCUCAGCUUGAUCAGAUUAUGCGAUUGCAUGACGGGGAUGUCAAUGGUAUACCGGGAGUUACGUGUCGUGUAUGGUUGGUGAUGAUCCUGGAGAAACUUGUUCAGAAUGGUAUUGUUCGAUGUGGGAGUCUGCAAGCGUUGGAGGAUGAGUGUAUGGAUUUUGGGAAUGAUCAUAGUGCAAGCGCUGCUGUGAAUGCUCAGCCGCGGCCUGUUGUUAAAUCUGGACUUUGUCUUUGGAACUGA